UCCUUCUUCACCAAACCCUCCUCCACCGGAUCUCACUCUCUCCCAGAGCCGAUCCAAUCCCGCCACCAUGGCUCUCUCCCGCCUCUCCUCCUCCUCCUCCGGAUCCAGCCUCCUCAAACCCCUCGCCUCCGCCCUCUCCCUCCGCCGCUCCCUCUCCUCCGACUCCACCUCCCCGAUCACCAUCGAGACCUCCCUCCCCUUCACCUCCCACGUCUGCGACGUCCCCUCCCGCACCGUCGAGACCUCCGCCGCCGAGCUCAUGAAAUUCUUCCGCGACAUGGCCCUCAUGCGCCGCAUGGAGAUCGCCGCCGACUCGCUCUACAAGGCCAAGCUCAUCCGCGGCUUCUGCCACCUCUACGACGGCCAGGAGGCCGUCGCCAUCGGCAUGGAGGCCGCAAUUACCAAGAAGGACUGCAUCAUCACCGCCUACCGCGACCACUGCACCUUCCUCGGCCGCGGCGGAACCCUACUGGAGGUCUUCUCCGAGCUCAUGGGACGCCAGGGCGGCUGCUCCAAAGGAAAAGGAGGAUCCAUGCAUUUUUACAAGAAGGAGUCCGGGUUUUACGGCGGCCACGGCAUCGUCGGAGCUCAGGUGCCGCUCGGAUGUGGCUUGGCUUUUGGGCAGAAGUACUCCAAGGACGAAACGGUGACGUUUGCGCUCUACGGAGACGGUGCUGCUAACCAGGGGCAGCUUUUCGAGGCGCUUAAUAUCUCUGCGCUUUGGGAUUUGCCUGCGAUUUUGGUCUGUGAGAAUAAUCACUAUGGAAUGGGAACGGCUGAGUGGAGAGCUGCUAAGAGUCCGGCUUAUUACAAGCGUGGAGACUAUGUUCCUGGCUUGAAGGUAGAUGGUAUGGAUGUGUUUGCUGUGAAACAGGCAUGCAAGUUUGCAAAGGAGCAUGCUUUGAAGAAUGGACCCAUUAUUCUUGAAAUGGACACUUACAGGUACCACGGUCACUCCAUGUCUGAUCCUGGGAGCACCUACCGUACACGUGAUGAGAUAUCUGGCGUGAGACAGGAGCGUGAUCCAAUUGAAAGAAUAAGAAAGCUGAUAUUUGCUCAUGAUAUAGCGACUGAGAAGGAGCUGAAGGAUAUUGAGAAGGAAGCAAGAAAAGAAGUUGAUGAAGCCAUUGCUAAGGCCAAAGAAAGCCCAAUGCCAGAACCCUUUGAACUUUUCACAAAUAUUUACGUGAAAGAUUGUGGACUCGAGUCAUAUGGACCUGAUAGGAAAGAAGUCAGGGCCGUGCUUCCAUGAGUUGAAAGUGGAAGUUGUUGCAGAUAACCAGUGACUGUUCCUCCCGUCGACCAUGGAACCCUUUCUUACAAGUGCAUUGCGCCUUCCGGUUAUCCUGGAAAACAUAAAAACAAUAAUUGGUUAAAGUCGAGAUUUGCCAUCUCUUCCUGAUUAUAUUUGAUAUGCGUCAUCUUCUUUGUAUAGGAUAUUGUUUCUCCUCCCAAGUACUUGGGUGGAAAUUUUGCAUUCUAGGCAUGUACAUGAUCUCGGGACGCGAGACAUACUGCUUACACUGUUGGGAUUGGCCUCAGUGUUUUUACCCUAUUAUCUUCGUGUCCUCCUGGAGUCGAUUAUGUUUAAGCGUUAACUUCUGGAUGCGUUUUGUUCUUGUUACGUAUGAAUAUAUUGAAUAGCGAAAGUUGUGCGUGGAAUCAAUACCAAUGUAUUGAAUAGGAACAACCAACCUACCCUUGAACUUGUAACAAAAUUAUAAGAAAGAAAU